AUGAAAUUCCAGACCCAGAAGUUUGAUCUCGAAUCGCUAGUACCGCCGGUCCGCAUGGUCCGUGAGGUACCAAAACCACGAAAACCUGUAGAAGAGCCUACAAGCACCGAACCAUCAGAAGCAGCUAACAAAGAGAAGAUGGACCCUACCAAGGUUGCACCUUUCGGGAAUGCGGUUAAAAAUCGCCAGAACUUAUUCAAGAAGAAGACAAAGAGUUACAUAUAUGCGCGAGACCCCGAUGAUGAUAAUUCACCCAGGAGGCCGAGAAGAGAUCCAGAUAGAUUUCCUUGGAUUCUCUCGGAUUUCGAUGGUUCCCAGCAGUAUACGGGGAAUGUGGAGGGCAUGCCAGAAUCGAGUUACCUGAUGCUUGCUGUGAGGCCUAAAUAUCGCACAUUAACCGCGGAGGAAGCAGAUGAAAUGAUGAAACUGCAGAGCCGUAAGCGGCUAGACACGUGGCUGAUGCAUAAAGCUCCGAAGGAGGAAGACGCGGCCAUAGCCCCUGAUUCACAGCCAAAGGAGGAGAAAGGCUGGAUUAAAAAAAUCCUGGAAGGGGAAGGUGACGAAAAGAACGGUCGGGCAAGGCGGCCGCGUUCGCAACGCGAUGAUGACGCAGGAGAGCUCGACUAUGAGGAAGAAUUUGCUGAUGAUGAGGAGCUGCUUUUCGGAAUUGAGGAUGAGGAGGAAGCCAAGGAAGCCAUUAAGCGCCAGUACGGAAAACACGGGAAGCGAUCGGGAUUCUUGGACGAUGAGGAUGAUGAGGAUGAGGAGGAACAUGAUACCAGAAAAAAGAAAGGUGUUGGGAAGGAUUUGAGAAAGGCAUUACGGAAAGCGGACCAAGCGGAUGAUGUUUAUCACUCGGAUGAAGCAAAUCCUUACCUUAGCGAUGAGGAGGAGAGUGACGAAGAAGAAGCCAACUCAGAGGAUGUGGAGGUAAAAACGGAGCCAGGAACUGAGGAUGCAGCUAAACAGAAGAAGCGGAAAGAUGGUGAAUCCCAUGGGAUUGCAGUUGGACUAGGAAAGAAGAUCAAGAGGGAGGAUUCUAUCUCGCCUAGCGCAUCUCCAGAGCAUAUCCUGAUGGACAAGAAAAAAGCCAAGAGUUCAGCCAAAUCGCCAUCGCAUCUGGGUAGCAGUGGGCGGGCGACAAGUUCUGUUGGAAGAGCCGCGAGUACAUCUCCACUACAUGGUAGCAGUCCGGCAGGUGCAGGCAGGUCCGUUACUGGCAAGAAAAGAAAAGGACCGGGUUCGGAUGAUGAGAAAGUUGAGAAGAAGCCUAGAACCGAAUUCGCGCCUGUCACUUCCAGUUCAGCGUCAGAAAUCUUGAAGCAGCUCGCCGGAUCUGCUAGCCCACCACACCUUGGAUCUUCCCGUCCUCCGUCUGUGCGUUCAAAAGCUCCGACUGGUCGCCCAAAAGCCGGCAGUGCACGGAAUACCCCAAUGACAGAUAGCGCCGCUGCCGGUGGACCAUCGGCGCAAGCUACAGCACGCAGUACGCCCCUUACCGAGGGUGGCGCACGCGGUACACCAGGGUCGGGCAGUGGAACUGGCAAGCGCAAGGUGAAGAAAGGCACUCCUGGUGGUACCCCAAGGACUAGCCCUACCACCGGCGGUAGUAGCAAACAAGGCUCGACUCGACGAGCGAACGCCUCGGACAUUAUCGAUGUGUUUAGGAGAGAGAAAAAGGAUGCGAUGCAAUUGGGAGAACUGGUUCGCGGAUUAUCACAUAUCAUGGGGAAAUUGAGUAAAGAGGAGCAACGCAAUAUCGUUCGUGGAUUGAUUAAGAACGUUUGCAAUGUUACCAAGACGGAUAGUGCAGCAAAAAGCAGCGGAGUGGUUCUUUCUGUCAAGCCGGAAUUCAAGGAUUGGUAG